CAUAAAAAACUAAUACCUUAUGCCAGGUCACAAUAAUAAACCAGGAAACACCUUACACAGAUGUCAGCUUCAGAGACUAUUGACAUUCCUAAAAAAGUUGAUGAUGAAAAUUUUCGAAGUCUUCUGUCAGAUGUGUCUAAUUGGUUUGACGAGGGUAUGUGUGUCAGCAUGUUAAAGGUUUUAUACAGUGACCAUGUACAAAAUCAUUUUGAAUUACAUAAUUGUUCUAAAACAAGGGACAUCAUUGGGUUGCUGAUACGUGCUGGACAUCUGACUCCAAACGAUCUCACUCUUCUCUAUGAAACUAUUAAGUUAACGCAACAAUUUGGUCUGGAACAGUUAAUUAAAAAUCGACAUCCAUCAUUCCCAGUACCAAAUAAUAUUACCGUAAUCACAAAAUUCACACUUCAUCGGCAAAAACUUGUAAAUCUUGGAAUGGUACUGAUUUCAAAUGAAAUAGAACAGAUUGGUGGACUGUAUAGUGCUGAAGAAGAACACACAACUGACAGCUGGAAUUUGAUUAUGUAUCUAGAGCAGAGAAUGGUAAUUUGUGAAGGAAAGAUGGAAGCAUUCAUUAAAAACUUGAAAAAACAUAAACAUAAAAGGGCAGAAAAAGUUCUAACAGAAGAUGCGAGUGCUCAUGGCAAUCCAAUGAAGCAGUCACCAAUGCAAACCAAAGUAGCAAAGAAUGUGCGAUCUACGAAACCUUUACAGGCUGCUUCACUGCAACAAGGUGACCUUGGUGAUGUAACAAAAGUGAGGGCAGUAGGAGUUUCUAAACUAGAUGUGAGAGCUGAUGGUAAACCAAAGGAACAGUUACCAAUCCAAAUCAAAGUAGAAAGGGAUGGAUUAGUAAGAACUAUUCAAACAAACAACAAAGAGGUCAAAGAUGUAGUUACGUUUGAAGACGAUUGCUUACUGGUUUCAACUAAUGAAAAUUUAAUUUACAAGUACAAACAAUCAGGAGAAGAUAAUGGUAAAGUUACACUACCAAAGGUGUGAAAAUUACUAAUAUGUGCAAAAUGAAGAAUGGUAACAUAGCAUUUGUAGAUAGUCAAAACAAAUGUAUUAAUUUAUUUACAAUUAUAUACAUAGCAAAGUGAUCAAAUCAAUUGGUCAGGGAGUAUUGAAGGAAUAUAUAUAUGGUAUCCAUGUGGAUGAGGAAGUAAAUGUUGUGUAUGUAGGAGAAUGGAAUA